AUGCCGGAGAUCCUUGAGGCCCCUGCAGGGCCCACCCCGGAGGUCCAAGCGGCCACCCGCAGCCAGUGUGCCUUCCGGCAGCACCUGGCGAGGAAGGCGCUGGCCCUGCGCAGGCAGGAGAGGCAGGAGUACCUGGAGCGGAUGGAGAAGCUGCAGAGGGAGGCCUACCUGGCCUCGGUGCGCCGGGAGCAGGAGGCCGCGCGGCGGCAGCGGCAGCAGGAGGAGGUGGCGCAGCGCGAGCGGCAGGAGGAGCUGCGGCGCCGCGGUCGCCUGCUGGACGCCGCCUUCGAGGGCGACGUGGGCGAGAUCCGGGCCGUCCUGCAGGAGGUGGAGCAGCUGCUGACCCGCGAGGGCGUGGGCCACGACGAGGAGGGCCGCGCGCGGCGGCUGCGGCGACGCGUGGCCACGGUGGAGUGCGAGGACGGCCACGGGAACACGCCGCUGUCCGAGGCGGCCGCGGGCGGGCAGGCCACGGUCAUCCAGCUGCUGGCCGAGCUGGGCGCCAGCCCCAACAGCAAGGGCGCCUUCGGCAGAACGCCGCUGUACCGGGCAGCCUUCGGGGGCCACCUGGAGGCCGUGGAGCUGCUUCUGAAGCUCGGAGCCGACCCCCGAGUGUACGCAGACGACGGGAGCACCCCGGAGCAGGUGGCCUCACUGGACGCGGUAGCUAGCGUGCUGCAGACGUGGGACCUGGGCCUCACUGAGGCCAUGCUCCAGAACAUGGAGGCCGAGCGGCAGCGCCGGGCCCAGGAGGAUGAGAGACACAAGCAGGCGGAGGCCAAACGCUUGAACCUCAAGGUGCAGCAACUGGCCAAGGAGCAGCAACGGUGUCACAAGGAGCUGCAGCAGGCCUACUGCGAGCUCAACCGGAGAAUCACGGAGCGCGAGGAGUGUGAGCGCCAGUGCAUGGGCAGGACUGAGCUCACGCUGCAGGCCAUAAAGGACUCAGAGGCCCAAGUGGACAGGCUGCGGCAGGAGGCACAGAAGGCGGGAGAGAUGCUGGCCAUGGCCAGGCUGGAGCUGCGGGAACAGACGCAGGAGGAGGAGGAGGAAGCGCCUGGACUCCAGUGUCAGGCCACGGAUCUCCAUGACGUGCUGAUGAAGGACGUGGGUGACCGCAUCUGUGCUGACGGCCGGUGGCCUCUUGACAUCGACCCUUCGGGCCAGGCAGCCACCUUCCUGCGCUACCAGGGUACCAACUAUGGGGAUGCUGUGAACCCAGAGCACCUGAGGCCUGAGAGAAUCCGACUGGCUCUGCUGGGGGCACUCAGGCAUGGGAAGCCACUGGUGUUCGACCUGCGGGAGGUGGACCUGUUCCCUGCAGUGCCGCAGCAGCUGGAGGCGGUGCAGCCUGGUCUGGCCCCAGCACGGCUCAGCCGGGAGUUGCUGGCCCAGGACCAGGACCCGUACCUCUCCCUGCUGCGGCCCACGGAUGGGCCUGAGUCUGGCCCCACCCAGUUCCAGGAGGCCCGCCUGGCCCACUUUCGUCUCUUCUUCGUCACCCAGGUCCAGUGGCCACCUGUGGAGCAGCUGCAGGUGCUGCUCCCUGUGCGGGUACAGGUGCCCCACUAAUGCAGCACCCCAAUAAAACCUGCCCAGGGCAACACGUC